AUGAGCGUACCUGCUUAUUUAAAAGGCAUUAAGUCAGCUAAUCCGGUAGCUGUAUUUAAUUCAGGAGUUACUGAUUUCAGGUAUCCAUGUCCUGCGUAUUGGGUGCUCAGUAAAGCGGCCGAAGGGCAAUAUUUAAGUAAAAUAUUCCUUCUCUCUCUACCAUUAUUUCUUCCAGGUUUCGCACAUCAUCUCGUCGGAAUGCAUAGUCACUUGCAUGCGCCCGAUUGGCGUGCCUUGAGUGCCGUUGGCAACCCAGCUGCAUUAGCUCGACCAGGUUUUCCGCACGGUGCGCCCUUCUUUCAUCAUCAACAUCCCGCUUUUCAGGCGCACAGCAUAGCCGGUAGUUUGGAGCGCCACGGACUGCGCUCUAUAAAUGAUUCCCAUCACCAUUUGACACAGUUGCGACAGCUAUCAACGGUGGGUGCGGCGCAUAGUACUACCAGUCCGGAGGGUUCGCCCACAACGACAACCCACAAUUUAGAUGGACGGCCGCCGCUCACCACCUCCCCGCCUUUAACCACAACGAACAGUGAUAACGAUAAUAACAAUAAUAUUGAUGCUGGUUUCGAAAGCGAUAGCAUUUCGGUGACGGGCUCGCCAAGAAAAACUUCUUCGCUACACGAAGACGACGAUGGACGCAGCACUUCGCCGCCUUCGAAUUGUGGUUCUGCCAGCGGUGGCGGUGGUGGUGGCGGUGGCGGCGCUUUCACAUCGCUCAUACAACGAAAUUCGACGCUGCGCAAGAAUGAGCUCUUCACUGGAUUCGCGUCACAAUUCUCGCCCGCGGCCAGCAACUUCAAUCCCGCCUUAGCAGCGCAACUUUUCUUACAGAAUCCGCUGCUGCCGCAGCCUAGCCAAUGGCUGUAUACACAGCUUUACGGUAACUACAGUGACUUUCCUUGGUUUCGAGGCGCUAGCAAUGCCGUUGGUGAUGGCUUGGCGCAACCAGUGCCGCCAGGUGUGCCACCCGCCGAACUGUCGGGCACAACUAGCCUGACAGCGACGGAUGCGUGCACAAAUGGUGUUAAUUUAGUAAAACGUUGUGUAACGCUGAUUUCACAUUCGCCGGAUGUGGAGAACGCAAAUCCGAAUGCUUCGCCGCCGGUCACUUCAACGCGACGCUCACCAUCCCCAGUCGAGACUAUCGAUCUGGACGAUGUGAGUACGACAUCACGUACUGAACUGGAAUCUGGUGGUUUUGGACCAAUACGUUGCCGUACUCCAAAGUCAACUGACGUGUGGCGGCCAUACUAGCGGCUGCGUAACGCCAUGGUAACGGCGUUGGGUUUAAAAGAAAUCGCGGAGCAGGCAGAGGCAGAGGAUGAGGAGGUA